AUGCUUGGUCGCGUCUUCGCGAAACUUCUGUCCCUCGAGCCCGCGAGACCUGGCGAAACUCGCCGAAAAUUUCGUCACAAAGGAAGGAGUAGAGAUAACUCGCUCGACCGGUUAACGCGUAGCCCGGAGGAGGAGGAAGAGCUGUGCGUUCACGUGGCGGUCGCAAUUUUAGGGGGGGGACGUGAAUUCGCGUGGGUUCGAGAUGACGAUCGACCGGAAGGCCGUUCGAUGAUUCGCGGCGUGUCUUUCCUGAAAGAGGAGCAAGGCCGUUGGCAAUCGACGCGCACGGUGAACGGUGAGAACACAGCCUCAAACAUGCGUGAAUCAGUGAAUUCUGCUGGCAGACGAUUACACAUAGCCGCGAUGCAGCCGACGGGACGCGGUACGUUUAGUGAAGUGCAUCCUCGCGAGAAACAAACAAAGUUACCGCGUUACAGUGCCAGCGACAUCCCGGCCUCGGCGGACCUGACUUGA